AAUUGGUUAAAGUUCUUCGGAGCCCAGACCAGAUGCUCGAUCGUGAAUUUUUCCCGUCGCCACUUUCUCUCUACACAACUUCCGUAUUGGGAAGAGUGGUAAGCCUGAGGCCGGGACCCACAUCAACCCUAUCUCGAGUAUAAGUACAACUGCCAUAUCUUCAAUCCUAUGCCCCGCUUCAAUCUUCCUUCAUCACGUCUACCUCCUUCUUGCUUUCCUCACUUUGUUCUGGCGUUUAGCUGCGCUUCGUAGUACUUUCUACAUUCUCCAGAUAUUCACGCCAUCAUCAACCAUGAAUGCUCAACAUAUACUCCAAGCGGCAAGGGUAGACCCCGAAAUCUUCAAGCUGCGUCCAGAUUACCGUGCACUUUUGAUGGUAGUGGAGGGUAUUCCAACAGGCCCUAGCGACAGUGCCAGCGAAGCCCUCCUCCAAGAAGCCGAAGCAAACGUCAAAGACCUGCUCUCCAAACACCCGGUGACUGAAUUCCCCCACAUCGCCGCCUGGCGCGAAGCUUAUAAGGGCUUCGGAGCCAAGCCCCAGAAAACCCGCAACAGCCUGGAAGCCCUAAGCCGCCGCGCAGAGAGAGGUCUCCCCCGCGUCAACCGCCUGACAGAUACCUACAACGGAAUUUCAGUCAAGCACCAGAUCCCCCUCGGCGGCGAAGAUUUAGACAAAUACGAUGGAUCACCAUUCCUAGUCCGCGCCACCGGCCAGGAACCCUUCCAAACGUUCUCCGGCGGAGAACCCCAAACGGAGCUCGCCGCGCCCGGAGAGCCGAUCUGGUGUGAUAACACGGGCAUCACCUGCCGUCGCUGGAAUUGGCGACAGGGCCCCCGGACGGCAUUGACAGAUGAGACUACCCGUGUAUUGUUCAUUCUGGAUGCGUUGGCACCGCUUUCAGAUGAGGCGCUUACCCAGGCUGCUGAUGAGCUUGCUUCUGCGCUGCAACGCCUCUCUCCUGAUGUGCAGGUGUCUCGGCGAACUAUUGGCGCCGACACUUCGGCUUAGCUGGACGAGCCUUUGAUUUGUUUGGAAUGUGAAAAUGCACGCUAAAAAUUUUCAAUGAUUUGUAAACGACUU